UCCGGGCCGCUCGGUCCGCGCAGAGCAAGCCGAGCCGCUGUGACCAUGGAGCCGGUGUUGCUGCAGGACUUCGCGCGCCGCCUGGACCCCGCCUCCCUGCCGCGCGUGCUGCGGGUCUACUCCGGAGUCUACUCCGAGGGCUCCGUCUAUGAGAUCUGUGGGAAUGAGUGCUGCCUGUCCACGGGAGACCUGAUGAAGGUCACCCAGGUGUGCCUGAAGAAGGUGGUCUGUGAGAACCCAGGCACAGGUCAGACAUUGGAGCUGCCCACCAACUUCCAGGGCUACUUCAGCCCCCUCUCCACCCCGAAGAGCUACAGGACCCUGCAGGAGCUGGUCUCUGCCAAAACUCGGAGCGCCACACCGCUGCCCCUUUGCUUCAUGUCCACUCGGAACAUUGUCACAAAGGCUGGGGUAGUGCCCGAAGAGCAGCCCCUCAUGCUCGAGGCUGUGGAAAUGCACCUCGGGACCCACUGUGCACGCUGUAGCCUGGGCUCCAAGGGCCUGCAGGUUGUCCUGCACCUGCCCCUGACUCAGGAGGGGCCCUUCUGGACAUGGGAGCCUGGAGUCCCCCAAACCCUGCUCCAGGUCCUGCAAGACCCAGCCCUGAAGGACCUCACGCUCACCUGCCCCGCCCUCCCAUGGCACUCUGUGGUCCUGAGGCCCGAGUAUGAGGUCCAAGCCAUCAUGCACAUGCGCAAGACCAUCGUCAGGAUCCCCUCCACUCUGGAAGUCGAGGUACAGGACGUCAGUGCCACCUCCCAGCACGUCCACUUCAUCAAACCGCUGCUGCUGAGCGAGGUCUUGGCCCGAGGAGGCCCCUUCCCCCUGCCCGCGGAGAUCCUGGAAGUUCCGGAGGGGCCCCCCAUCCUACUCAGCCCGUGGGUGGGCUCGCUGCGGAAGGGCCAGAGGCUCUGCAUCUACGGCCUGGCCUCGCCACCAUGGCGGGUCCUGGCCUCCAGCAAGGGCCGGAAGGCGCCCCGACACUUCGUAGUCUCCGGGGCCUACCAGGGCAGGCUGCGGCGGCGGCCCCGGGAGUUCCCCACACCCUAUGACCUCCUGGGUGCGCUGCAGCCUGGCCGGCCCCUCCGGGUGGUGGUGACCAAGGACUGUGAGGCAGGGGACGAGAGCCCUUUGCUGGCUUCCCUGGCUGUGGGUGACCGGCUGGAGGUGUUGGGACCCGGCCAGAUCCUCGGAACCCAAGGCCAGGACAUAGAUGUCUUGAUGUGCGUGCGGCUGACCGAGGGGCCUGGGGAGGAGGAGGAAGAAUACGAAGUGGUGGAGGAGGACCAAGAGCAGGUUCUGCUGCCCCUCUACCUCCCCUGCGGCUUCGUGGAGGAGAUGAACGAUGGCCGGCGCUACAGCCUAGCAGAUCUCACUCAGCAGUUGUCACUGCCCUGUGAGGUCAAGGUAGUGGCCAAGGACACCGGCCACCCUGCUGACCCUCUGGUUUUCUUCGCGGGCCUGCGGCUGGAAGAGAAGAUCACAGAACCCUUCUUGGUGGUGGGCCUGGACUCCCAGCCCAGGAGGUUCUUCGAGAUCCCUCCCCGGUGGCUGGACCUGACUGUGGUGGAGGCCAAAGGGCAGCAGGGCCAGCUAGCCGGGCCUCUCCCAGUGGCCACCGUGGAGGAGCUGUCUGAAACCUUCUACUACAGUCUUCGGAAGUUACCAGCCAGUGAGAGCCAGGCACCCCCACCCAGGCCCCCGAAAAGCCAGGCCCUGAGGGAGCAGAGGAGACAGAGCUGCAAGGAGGACGACCCCAAGGUGCUUCUUCUGAAGCAGGCCCCUUGUGUGUGCUCUCCCAGCUCCUCUCACCGUGCCCCCAAGUCUUCUCAAGUCUUAGGACUGCACCAGUCCCCUCUGCCGCCCAAACCCAAGGCAAAGACUUUGCCAGAGGUCUCCAAGAACUUAUACGGCAAGAUUUCUCCCCAGAAGAAGGUCCUCAGGGCCAUGAAGCCCCAAACACAAGACCCAGUGCUGGGGAUUGAAUCCAGGGCCCCACUCUUGGUAGGCAGGCACCCUAACAACGUGCCACAUCCCCAUUCUGUCCUGGACCCUCAUGCAGAUAUGGCUGAACAUGACUAUGAGGAUGUACUUGAGCGUUUUCAGAAAACCAUCUAGGUGUUGGGGGAGCUGUGCUUCCCAACUGCUGCUUCUCUGGGAUUCAGGAUACCAGACAACCCUUGCGGGCCUCUAAAAGGCUGUGGAUGAAUCUCACAGAAAUCAGACUCAGAUGUGGAAAGGAACUGAAAUGGGGUGGACACUGCACUGGCUUCCUGUGGGUUCUAGGUCCCCACUACUGGUUGGGGGGCUGGGAUGUUGGGACCUUGCACGUGACUCCCUCAGCCUCAGAGCUUUGGUGUCCAGAGGAGCCUGCUGGGUUCUGCUCAAUCUUGCAUCCCUCCGGUGUCCCAGUAAUGGUGGACACGAAGAAGACAGAGGCCACCAACCCUAGUGCCAGCUGGCUUCUGGUAGAGACUUGGUCCUGAUCACACUGUGCUGAGAGCCCUUUAUAUGUCUGCCACCCUCUUUGGCCUCUCUCCUGCUCCUGCCUUCCUGGCUCGUCCUCAUCUCUGUAGCGCCCAGCACAUGAACACAAUCAGCUCUUAGUAAAUGGAACUUGCACAAACGAAUGGGGAAUUUGGCUUCAAGAGCAGAAUCUCAGGGCUUUGAAUCUCAAAAGCUGGUGCUGGAACUCAGGGAGCCAGUUUACAAAGAACCUUACAGAGACCCAGAACUGCAGAAACUGGCAGGUUUCCUCUAGUGGUGCUAAGACAUUGAUAAAACUGUGAGGGGCUAAGAGUGCUUUUUUUCUAAAGCAGUGGAAUAAAGAUGAUGUCUGACCAUGCCUGCGAUUUUUUCCUGAAUCUCUGGACGUCCCCAGACCGUUUUCAGGACACUUGGUUGACUACUCCUGCACAUGAAGAGAGCUCUAGGGAGUGAGAAACCUGCCUCGGGGGCCAUCCUGCGGGGCUCGCCUGCUUUACUGAGAGACACCAUGUGUCCGUAUUGUGUUCUUGAAAGGAAUGACCACCAAGCUCUUUGGUCAAGAAGCCCCAGAGCAGAGAGAAGCCAGAAUAAAGAUGCUAGAAGAAUAAAUCAGUGAAGGGGAACAACAGCUAAAGACUAAAAAUCUGGAAGGCAGAGAAUUUGUGAAAAAUGCUUCAGCUGAUAUUGAACGCUUCAAAGAACAGGAGAACCAUGACUUAAAGGAGGCCCUCAUAAGCUACUUGGUCAUGCAGAUCAGUAUGUGCAAAAAGGGAAUGAAUUCAAGUUUGGACCAAUGCUAAGGAAUGCUUUAGCAAGAUGUGAGCCUGUGAAAUGAAUUUCUCUUCAAAGUAACCCAAAACAGAAGCACAAGUCAGUGAAUUUAAGUUGCUACCCACUAUCACAAAAAUAUGCAAUAAAUUGAAUAAAUACAGCUUUUUUUUUUUUUUGGUACCAGGGAUUGAACUCAGGUCCUUGCGCUUGCUCAGCAGGCGGUGAAACCACUGAGCUAAAUCCCUGGCUCUAAAUUCAGCUUUUAAAAACUUGAUUAUAGUUGUGUUUACAUAGUGCAAAAAGGAUGUAUUCAAUGAAGAUUGCAUAUUAUAAUUUGAGGUUUUGGGGACUGGUGCUGAUUCCAAAUGUUAAUUAAUAUUAAAACCAAUAGAUUUGGGCCGGAGAUUUAGCUCAGUGGUUCUGCUGCCUGCCUCAUAAGCUCAAGGUCCCGAGUUCGAUUCCCAGUACAAAAUCAACAACAAAAGAAAUAUUAGUAGGUUAUAUACAAAUCAUGUGUAUAUAUAAACCAAUAGAUUGUUUGUUGGGCUUCUGAACCAAUGACUGAAUAUCAACAUGUUAAUUUCUAGAUGCUUCUUUCAAUGUCAGCUGUUUCAGAGCAGUUCACAUAGUUUUUUCCCUAAGAUUGAAUUCCUGUUACUUGUGAGACCCAAUACUGAGUUAGAUGGGGUUAUUUUCUCUUGCCUUAUAGUUGAGCUAUUUGGUUUAAAAAAGCUCAGCAGAAAUUUAUUAUAAAAUCUUGAAUUUUCUUCCACAUUCAUUAAUGCCCCAUCUCAUCUACAUACACUAGAAAAAGCCUUUCUUCAGUUUGUGUUUUAUCAGAAUUUUGAUACUGGUCAGAAAUUUUAUACUGUCAACAAAGAAGUCUCAAUCUCAGACAUAGGGUGGUACACCUUGUAAAGACCUAGGAACUGCUAUACAGAAAGUUUCUCAGAUACAGGGUGGAAUACCUGGUUAGGAUCUAAGAACUGCUGUAGAGAAAGUUUUAAUUGAGCAUUACUGAUUCGAAGAUAUUCUUAACCUCAGUGGCGAGCCUGGUUCCCACUGUGUGGCUCUCUGAACAUGGCAUUUCUGGGUACAGGAUGUAGCAUUUCCAUGUGUAAGGUCUGUGUGGUGAACAUGGGUCCUCAUUCCUUCAUCUGAUGUCUUUUUUCUAUUGCUUGGCUGUAAUUUUUGCAGAUAAAUUAUGUUGUUUUUUAAAAUGUAAAGUUUUGUGGUAUCUGUUCAGAAGCCAGGCACUUUCAUUUGGCUAGCUUUGCAGAAUCUUAAAUGUGUACUCGUUAUUUUAAUGAUGUUUUAAAAUAAUCCCCAGUACUGUUUAACAUUUUUACAUGUUUAAAAUGUUGCUGGAUUUUUGUGCUGUUUGCCAAACUUUUACAAUAAAUGAAGUCUGCGCUGAUUUUCAAAAAAA